UCUCUCUCUCUCUCUCUCUCUCUCUCUCUCUCUCUCUCUCUCUCUCUCUCUCUCUCUCUCUAUAGCAUUCUAAUUAGAUAAUUUCGUUCGUACCUACUUUUGAAUAUAAUUAAGAGAAUAUAUAUUUAUUGAUUAGCUAAUUAAUAAGAAAAUGCAAAGCUUCAAAACUUUACUAUACUCCUCGUUUCGCAAUGGUACACGAUUUCUUUCUAUUCAGUUGCUUAGGAGAAAUAAUAUUCAUCAUGAUUCCCACGACACUGUAUUGAUUGAGAGCAAUGCUAAUUCAAGAACUGCGAUUCUCAAUAGACCUUACGUUUUAAAUGCUCUCACUCCUUCAAUGGGAGUUCGGCUCAGAAAACUGUUUGAUUCCUGGGAAGAAGAUCCCAAUGUUGGCUUUUUUGUAUUGAAGGGCAAUGGGAGGGCAUUUUGUGCGGGUGGAGAUGUGGUUUCUCUGUAUCAUUCAAUUAUCGAAGGUUGCUCUUUAUGAUGGCAUCACAAUGGGGGGUGGUGCAGCGAUUUCGAUCCACGGGACAUUCCGUGUUGCAACUGAAAGAACGAAUUGUUAAGGGACAAAUUAUAUAUGCCACGGGACAUUCCUGAUGCUGGGGCUUCCUAUUACCUUUCACGUUUACCUGGCUAUUUGGGGGAAUAUUUGGGUCUAACCGGCGACACACUUGGUGGAGUAGAAAUGCUUGCUUUGGGACUUGCUACUCACUAUACACUUAGUGCAAGGCUUCCAUUGAUUGAGGAGCAACUUGGCAGAUUGAAUACAGAUGAUCCAUCCGUCAUAGAUAACUGUUUAAAGAAACACCGGGCCCUUGAUUAUCCAAAUGAAAGAAGUGUUCUUCAUAGGAUUGAGAUGGCAAAUAGAUGUUUUGGCCGUGACACAGUCGAGGAAAUUAUUUCUGCUUUGGAAGGCGAAGCAGCUCUAUCCAACGAUCAGUGGUGUCUUUCAACACUCAAGAAACUAAGAGAAGCUUCACCUUUGAGCUUGAAGAUUUCCUUAAGAUCUAUACGAGAAAGUAGAUUUCAGACUUUUGAACAAUGUGUAGCCCGCGAGUACCGUAUUUCACUUCGAGUGGUUUCCAAAGAAAUAUCCAAAGACUUCUGUGAGGGAGUUCGGGCAAGAUUGGUGGACAAGAGCUUUGCCCCAAAGUGGAAUCCGCCAUCACUAGAACAAGUGUCUGACGAUAUGAUUGACAGAUUUUUUGCACCACUUGAUGAAUAUGAGCCUGAUCUUGAGCUACCGACAAUAAUGCAGGAAGCCUGUGCUUAGGCAUGCAACUACAUAUCAUGUUAUAUAUAUUUUUAUAAAUGUGAACACAUUCUAAUAAAUAUUAAGUGCUAGAAAUAAAACCCAUCCUGUAACUUGUUUUUACCAUUAGUUCAUGAGAAUAAUUCAAAUGGCCAUGGUCAUUGAUUCUCCAAUCCAUCUAGAAGUAAAAUCACCUCCCAAAUGGUUGCGUUGAUUUCAAAAGUUUGUUCAAAUUUUACACAUUUUUUGUGG